UAAUGGCUGCUAAUGAUUAUAUCCAGAUUAAUAAUAAUCUUGAAGCAGAAGAGGUUACUAAUAAUGAAGCUGCCAUUAUUGAAGAAAUUUGCCAUCAGUUAAAUUUUAGUAAUAAUGAUAAGGAUA